GUCCGCUCUCCAAACAACCAUCAUAAAACUUUUCAACUCCAAACUAAUAAUAGUCAGACUGAAGAUCAGUCCCACACACUCCACAUUUUCAUGUAUGUAACACAGUUACACACGUAUAAUACAUUUUAUUCUCUCUCCAAACAGAAAAUGUAAUAUUGCUAAAAUGAAACCAAUAAUAAACCUCCUGAAUCUCUCCGUCGUCGCGGCGGUUCUGAUUAUUGUCGGCGUCGGAGGUCUGCGUGGAACAUACGGUGAUUCCGGAGAAGAGUAUUUGAAACUAUCGGGAAUUAUAAUACCUGGUUUCGCUUCUACUCAGCUUAGAGCAUGGUCGUUUCUUGAUUGUCCGCUCUCUCCUCUCGAUUUUAAUCCUCUCGACCUUGUUUGGCUUGAUACUACUAAACUUCUUUCUGCUGUAAAUUGCUGGCUUAAGUGCAUGCUACUUGAUCCUUACACUCAAGCAGACCAUCCAGAAUGCAAGUCACGGCCUGAUAGCGGUCUUUCUGCAAUCACUGAGCUUGAUCCUGGUUAUAUAACAGGUCCACUUUCUUCUGUGUGGAAAGAUUGGGUUAAAUGGUGUAUUGAGUUUGGAAUUGAAGCUAAUGCAAUUGUUGCUGUUCCAUAUGAUUGGAGAUUAUCACCAUCAAUGCUUGAGGAGCGAGACCUUUAUUUUCACAAGCUCAAGUUGACAUUUGAGACUACACUUAAGCUUCGCGGUGGACCAUCAAUUGUACUUGCCCAUUCACUGGGUAACCAUGUCUUCCGCUACUUUUUGGAAUGGUUAAAGCUAGAAAUCGCACCAAAGCAUUACAAUCAGUGGCUAGACAAACAUAUUCAUGCUUAUUUUGCUGUUGGAGCUCCUCUUCUCGGUGCCACUGAGACAGUCAAAGGAACACUAUUCGGAGAAACAUUUGGUCUUCCUGUUUCUGAGGGAACAGCUCGAUUGAUGUUCAAUUCUUUUUCCUCCUCAUUAUGGAUGAUGCCUUUUUCAAAAUACUGUACAUCUGAUAACCCAUACUGGAAGCAUUUCUCUGGGUCAUCCAGGAAAAGUCAUCAGACGUAUCACUGUGAGGAACAGGAGUUUCAGUCAAAUUACUCUGGAUGGCCAACAAAUUUAGUCAACAUUGAAAUCCCUUCUACCAGGGCGACGCAAUUGUAUCCAUCAUUUGCAGAACUAGCUCAAACCAAUUUGUCUAGUGUAGAAUGUGGAUACCCUACUACUCAAUUAUCUUUUUCAGCUCGUGAAGUAUCAGAUGGAACCCUUUUUAAAGCAAUCGAAAAUUAUGAUUCUGAUAGCAAGAGGCUCUUAUACCUCCUAGAAAGGUCAUAUCAUGGUGAUCCUGUACUGAAUCCACUUACACCUUGGGAGAGACCACCAAUUAAAAAUGUUUUCUGCAUCUAUGGAGUAGAAAUGAAGACUGAGGUUGGCUACUAUUUUGCGCCAAGUGGCAAGCCUUACCCUGAUAAUUGGAUCAUUACUGAUGUCAUUUACGAGCAGGAAGGAUCUUUAUUCUCAAGGUCAGGGACUGCGGUGGAGGGGAAUCCUGGAGCUGCAAGUGGGGAUGAAACAGUACCAUACAAUUCUCUCUCUUUUUGCAAGCACUGGCUAGGACCAAAAGUUAAUAUAACAAGAGCUCCUCAGUCAGAUCAUGAUGGGUCUGAUGUACAAGUGGAAUUGAAUGUAAAACAUCAGCACGACACUGAUAUACGUCCCAACAUGACAAGGUCUCAACGGGUGAAAUACAUCACACAUUAUGAAGAUUCUGAAAGUAUUCCAGGAAAGAGGACGGCAGUGUGGGAGCUGGAUAAAGCAAAUCACAGGAACAUUGUUAGAUCUGAGAUUUUGAUGAGAGAGUUGUGGCUUCAGAUUUAUCAUGAUAUCAAUUCUGAUGGAAAAUCAGAAUUUGUGACAAAAGCUUUACGUGGGCCUUUAAGGGAUGGUGAUUGCUAUUGGGAUUAUGGGAAAGCUCGCUGCGCUUGGCCUGAGUACUGCGUUUAUAGAUAUAUUUUCGGGGAUGUUCAUCUCGGGCAAAGUUGUAGGUUAAAGAAUUCAUCCAGUGAUGUACUUCAUGAUUACUUGUAGAUUAGAAGAUUCUUGCCGAUUAUUGCCGCAAUCUGUUUGGACGCUCUUUUAGAAAUUGGGAUUCAAGUUUAAUGUGAAAAUGUAGAGCUCAUGAUGGUUCCUGUCUUCAUUUUGGCAUUCAAACUUGGCCUCUUGGAUUCCUACUUUUACUGCAUUAUACCUGCUGAGGUUAAUUCUCCAUGUCUGCACAUCAACGGAAUGCUUACUCUCUGCAUGAUUCUUCAUAAUUCUGGCAUAGCCAAUCCAUUCUGGUAGCUUUUUAAGCAACCUUGUGCAGGAAUCUCUAUAACGCACAAAGUGGAAUAUCAUGUUUGUAUAUGUUCAUCAAGGAUUACUUGAUUAGGUGCUAAUUGAGGAGAGCAUCGUCAAGUAGUAAAUGAAUGGUUAUGCAGAGAAACCAUCCAAAUUGAGCAACUAUGGUACACCGUAAAAAGUUUUGGCUGGUAGGUUGAUUCAUUAGCUCAAAGAGCGUACAGAUGGAUGGCAUGGUCUGUAUUAUAAUCUGAAUCACAUUUAGUGAAUAGUUGGUCCUAUUUUAUUUUA